CCUCCCCCCUUUCCCGGCCUCUCCCGGUCCCCUCCUCCCGCCUGUCUCCGGGCAGGACACGGAAGAUGGCGGCGGACGAUCGGUCCCGGACGGACUCGGCUAAGGAGAAGCGGAGCGAGCAGCUGAGACGGUGGCUGGGCUCUGAGACGGAGCGAUGUCCGGGCAGCACACGCCGCCCGCCCCGGGUGCGUUUCGCCCAAGGAGCCGUGUUCAUGGCCGCCUGUUCGGCUGGAGACCGGGAAGAGGUCCGGCAACUGCUGACGGCCGGAGCCCCGAUCAACGGCACCAACGUGGACGGACUGACGGCUCUGCACCAGGCCUGUAUUGACGAAAAUUUAGACAUGGUUCAGUUUCUGGUGGAGAAUGGCGCUUCCGUGAACCAGCAGGACAACGAGGGGUGGACCCCGCUCCAUGCAGCAGCGUCCUGCGGUUUUGUGAGCAUAGCACAGUACUUGAUCUCUAAGGGGGCGAGCGUAGCCAUUGUAAAUAGUGAAGGGGAGCUUCCACUGGACGUGUCUCAUGAGAGCGCCAUGGAGAAGCUGCUGAAGAGCGAGAUCAAGAAGCAAAGUGUCGAUUUAGAUGCAGCGCGAAAAGAGGAGGAGGAGCUUAUGUUAAGAGACACCCGCCGCUGGCUGAACAAUGGAAAAUAUGAAGACCUCAGGCAUCCCACCACCGGGGCUACUCCUCUACAUGUAGCAGCUGCAAAGGGCUAUACUGAGGUCAUAAGGCUGCUCCUACAGUUGGGGUUAGACGUGGAUUCCCGCGACUUAGAUGGUUGGACUCCUCUGCACGCGGCCGCUCACUGGGGCCAACAGGAUGCAUGCCGUCUCCUGUGUGAGGCUCUCUGUGACAUGGAGGCUGUCAGCAAAGUGGGCCAGACACCCUUUGAUGUUGCUGAUGACAGUUUAGAGUCUGUCCUGGAAGAGAUGAAGAAGAAACAGAGUGUGUUACGCUUGGAAAAGAUGAAGAAUGCCCCGCAGAUAAUGUCUCAGACGAGUCCUCCGAAUCAAAAUGCAGCUAGCAGAACAAGGAGGAGUUCUAUUUCUCGUAUGAGCAGCCAAGAGAAAGUUGCACUUCGUGUGCAGGACAAAGAGCGCCGGACACAGCCCAUUACGCCUUCCGUACCCACCAGCCAACCUAUUGCUUCAAGUUCUGAUGAUUCUGGUUCUGAUGCAGAGUCUGAAAAGGUGAAAGCUCAAGAAAGAAUUAAUAAUCUGAACAAUCAGUUACGUAACCUUUCAACAACCACCACCAAGAAGACCUCAGCUGUCCCGGAGCAGGAGAAAACUGAGCCGUCAUGGCGAGCCUCUUUGAAGAAGACUAGUAGUUCUGGCACAUUGAGCUCUGGCACCUCUUCUGAAGAAGGCAGGAGGGCAGCACUACCUAAAUCUGCCUCCAGCUCCCAGCUAGCAGACAGAGAGAAGAUGGGGUCUGAACUUCGUUUAGCACGUGUGCCUCCAAGUCAAAAACUGUCUAGUAACCAGGAAAAUGUGAGGGAACCUCAGUUCACCCGUAGGCCAUUCACCCGUCAAUAUAAUGAUGGAGAUGAAGGACUAAACUCAUUCCGUAGACAGAGGGAGCCUCUGACAUCAACCUCCUUGUCUAGAAGAGAACCUUUAACAAAGCCAGAAUCUUCAAUAACAAGUGGAGAUGCUUUGCCUCCUAAAGUAGAUGCCACUGUAUCAACAGCAUAUUCAAGGACUGCUGAGACUGCAAACUCUAAAAGUACAAAUUCAGGGCCAGCAACCAAUACAGAGACCAAAGAGCGACGCAAGUCUUACCUGACCCCUGUGAGAGAUGAAGAGGCUGAAGCUCAGAGAAAGGCAAAGUCUCGACAUGCACGACAGUCUCGCCGAUCCACUCAGGGAGUGACACUCACAGAUCUGAAAGAGGCUGAGAAAGUCAUCAAAGGUCAGCAGGAAAAUAAAGAAGCAGGAUCAGAGCCAGCGAAGACCCAAGAAGAGGAGAACAGCCAGACAAGACCAAGGAGUAGCCGUGCCAUCAGUGAUGAUGGGGCGGAGGUCAGUUGGAGGUCCCGAAUAGCCAGUUUGCAGAAAUCUGAUCUUUUAGGAUUAACCACUCCAGAUCCUACCCCAGUAUCUUCAGUUUCACAGAGACAAGGAGGAGGAGGAGGAGGAGGAGAGGACAAAGUCAAGAGAGCAAAGAGUUGCAGAAGUCCCAAGAGGACGAGAAAGAAAGUGAUGAGCGAGGAGGCCGGAGCAAGGCAGGUGUUCGGGACCGGAGGAAGCCACGAGGAAAGAGGAGAUCCACUGGAAUUCCUCUGACCACUAGAGAUAGUGAUGGCGAGGAAUCUGAGGAGGAGAAAGACACGGAAGGAUGUCCGCGAGCUCAGGUAGAUGGACUUAGCUCUCGAUUUUCCAAUCCGAAAAUAUCUUUCAGGGCAGGUACAGUUCCCAAUGCGCACGUUGCAAGCCGGGUAGAAGCAGGCCAUCGCGGCUGAACACAGGGACACCAAGGACUUCAAAAAACUGUAUGAAGACUUGAUGAGAGACAACGGACGUCUUCGCUCCCAGCUGCUAAACACCCAAAACUUGGUGAAUGAGACAAAAGCAGAGUUGGAAAGAGCUAACCAG